CUGUGUAUGAGAUUACUAUUUCUUCUACGGAUUUAUUUCCAUUUUCUCGCCGGUAAGAGUCAUCGGCGUGUCGAACCACAACCAUGUAACUAUUACAUACCGCCUAACCAACCAGCGAGCUCUCAGAGUGGAUCCGGGGAACUUCCUCUUUGAGAUACGGUUUAUACACUACUAGUCAUGGAUCCAUGGUAUAGUCUAGGCUAUUUAUUCCAAAGUCUCAGUUCUAGGCUUCAGUCGCAACCAUUAUAAAGACGAGGGUCAACUAACCCCUAUUUCUUCCAAGUACUCAAGUACCUAUCUACCAACAACAACCAGGGGAAACUAGAAAAAGAAUAUCAACAAGAAAAGGGGCAAUAGAAGCAAUGACGUUACCAUUCGCAAUCCCACCAUCGCUCUCCCCAUCCUUCACCAUAUCCCGCUGUACAGCAGCAGAUGUAGACGAAUUGGGCGAGAUAUACUACGACUCAUUUAAAACGGACAAGCGUAACACAUUCUGGUGGCCAGUCGAAAAGGAGCCAAUGGUCGCAUGGAUGCACCGUCGUAACAGUCGCAAAAUAGGCGACAGCAGCAUGCGACACUUCAAAGUGACAGACGUGCAAAGCGGUGAAAUAGCGGCUUUCGCUCGGUGGGACAUUCCCGAAGGCUAUGAGGCUGCGUUUGGGGAGUGGCCUGGGGAGAAUGUAUCUGCUGUGGAUGUCUCGGUGCUUGUUCAGGCGGAUGAGAGUGCGGGAGAUGCGCAGCAGAAACCUGGAGAGGAUGUCCCUGUGACUACUGCGCCGGUUGAUACUAUUACACCUCCGGCAGUAGCUGAUUAUCCAGAGGGCGCUGAUCCGGAGCCGUGCAGGGUCUUCUUUGAUGCAUUGAAGAAAGUAUCGGAGAAACAUAACGCGGAUGCGAUGCUAGGACUGUCGCUUCUGUGCACAUCACCAAAAUACCAAAAGAAAGGUGCUGCAAAGGCGUUGAUGUUGCCUAUGCUGGCUAUUGCCGAUGCUCAUGGCCUCAAGACAUAUCUAGAGGCAACACCGAAUGGCAAGCCGGUGUAUGAGAGGAUAGGGUUCCGAGAGGUGGAUCAAUUAACAUUCGAUAUUGAGAAGUUGACGGGCAAGCCAGAGGGGAUUUACUAUCUCUCGAUUAUGGUACGAGAGCCGAAAUCUCAAUAAUGCCUGUGCAGAGGCUAGGAUUGAGGGACUUCGGGUUUGCAUAGCGGUCGGUUUAUAGCUGUUGAAUUAUUCAGUAUAAACUCAAGGGUCACAUUACUCAUAGAA